AUGUCCCUGCUUAGAAGACUACGUGUCAGGGAUAAAGUUCCAAUCCUUCGUUAUUCGACGGAAUGGAACAAGUGUGAAAGUGAUGGUGAGGAAAAUGAGACCAAACCAAUAAGCGAGGCCUAUGACAUUCCGACGCCUGGAGGAAUGGCGAAGAUGUACAAGCCUUUUGAAAAGAGACCAUAUUCCCCAUUUCAGAAUAAGAAAAGUUUAGCUGAAAUUGCAUUCGCUCGUCUUGAUGACCUUCUUAAUUGGGGACAUAGUAGAUCACUGUGGCCCAUGACCUUCGGUUUGGCUUGCUGUGCUGUCGAGAUGAUGCAGAUUGCAGCUCCCAGAUAUGACAUGGACAGAUACGGCGUCGUCUUUCGUGCAAGUCCUAGACAAACCGACGUCAUCAUCGUGGCUGGAACCGUAACGAACAAAAUGGCGGUGGCGCUGCGCAAAGUAUACGACCAAAUGCCUGAUCCAAAGUGGGUUAUCUCCAUGGGAAGCUGCGCAAACGGUGGGGGAUACUACCACUACUCUUAUUCUGUGGUACGAGGUUGUGAUCGAAUUAUCCCCGUUGACAUCUAUGUACCUGGUUGUCCGCCAACUGCUGAAGCAUUGAUGUAUGGGAUUCUCAUGUUGCAAAAGAAGGUUAAAAGGAUUAACACACUGCAAAUGUGGUGGAGAAAGUAG